GAGCACGAGAAAGUGGACCAAGGCAGCAUUUACAGUCUCCAGGAUCUGUGGCUGGGUCUUGGGAUACGUGUGACCCUUCUCAAUUCCUCUGUCCCUUGCUAACUUCUCCUAUCUUCCGCAGUAGUACUACUACUAUCACAAGCCAUAAUAAUUAAGGCACUUCUCACCAGUAGUAACUAUUACUUAGAGGGAGAGAGAGGUUUUAGAGAAGAAGAAACAAUCUCCAAAGAAACAUAACAACAACAACAAUCAAUCAAUCAAUCAAUCUCUUUUCCUCGUACAAAAUGAAGAACAACAACAACACCAAGCUCAUCCUCCUCCACAAACAAACCCUAACACCCAACACCGCCGCUUCAACACUCUUCUCUUCCCACCGUCUCUGGCUCUUUUUCUUCUUCCUCCUCUUCUCCACCCUCCUCUUCACCUGGACCCUCAUCUCAACCACAAUCUCCUCCACUUCAACCAGCUCCUCCGCCGUUACCUCCCCUCUCCCACCCUCCGUCACAAAGGCACUCCUCCACUACGCCGCCGCCGCCAACUCCUCCACCAAACCCAUGUCCCCCGCCGAAAUCUCCGCCGUCUCCACCUCCCUCCUCCGCCUCCCCCCGCGCCCCAACCUCCUCGUCUUCGGCCUCACCCACGAGUCCCUCCUCUGGGCCGCCCUCAACCACCGCGGCGGCCGCACCGUCUUCCUCGACGAGAACGAAUACGCCAUCUCCAAGUUCGAGUCUUCCAACCCCGGCGUCGAAGCCUACGACAUUCAAUUCACGACGAAAGUCAGCGAAUACCCAAAACUCCUCUCCCAGGCCCAAUCCCAGGCCCAAAACGACUGCAGGCCCGUCCAGAACCUCUUGUUCUCCGAAUGCAAGCUUGCAAUCAACGACUUACCUAACCACAUCUACCAGGUUGCGUGGGAUGUUAUUCUCGUUGACGGGCCAAAAGGGUAUUUUCCGGCGGCCCCAGGGCGGAUGGCGCCGAUCUUCACGGCGGCGGUGCUUGCCCGGAGUAAAAUAUCCGGCGGCGAGACCCACGUGUUCGUGCAUGACUUCGGGAGAGAGGUGGAAAGGGUUUUCAGCGAGGAGUUUCUGUGCAAGGAAAAUUUGGUUGAGUUGGUGGAUUCGUUGGGGCACUUCGUUGUUAAGAGUGAGGCUCACGACGGAGAAAGCGCUGUUUUCUGUAAAAACUCGUCGUCGAAGGUUGUCGGCGACGAAGAGGACUAGGAUUAUGCUUGGGCUCCAGAGAAUGUGUAAAAUUAUCUUUUUUUAUAUAAAUAUUUUUAGUAGAAAGGAACCAGGAAA